UUUAAGAGUGAACUUCACCAAUUAUGCAGCGCUCAGCAUGAAUCGACAGCAGGAUUCAAAGGGAGUAGUCUUGACCGGGUACCACUGUAAUCCCGAAGCAUUACCACCGCGUCCGAGAGUCGGAAGUGUAGACGAACUUGACUCCUCAGUUCCGAGUCGCAGAACGGGCCACUACAGCCCGCAGGUCCAAUCCAAACAUGCAUCGGGGACCGUGCCACCGUACAACCGCUGCAGCUCCCAGGAUUCCCUGGACGAGCUGGCGCUGGACGACUACUGGACGGAGGUCGAGAACAUCAAACACAGCGGAGGUGCAGAGGGAGACGCAGAGCCCCAGGAGGAGGUGCAGCUGAAAGUGGCUGAUGAGGGUGAACAGGAAGAGGAGUGGCUGAAAGAGGCGGGGCUGGCCACACUGUUUGAUGAAUCAGCAUCAGACCCUGAAGACAGCAUGGUCCUACUGUCCACCCUCACACGGACACAGGCUGCCGCUGUAGAGAGACGCGUGGAGACCCUACAACAGACCCUGCGAAAAAGAAACAAACAGCAUCAGGUCCCAGAUGUCAGGGAAAUCUUCAAACCCCCAGGCUCGUCAGGGUCAAAGGCAAGUGAUGAGUCAAAGUCCACAAAGGAAACUGAAAAUGGAAAAAGGGAUGUUAAAACAACUGGUGACAUCACAGUGAAAGAGAACGGCACAGGGCCUGAUCAGCAGGGCGUGGCUGAAGCAGAAACCAGCAUCAAUCUGGAAGUGUCCUUCUCAGAACAGGCGCUGAGUUUCAAGGAGGGGUUGAAGGGCGUGAAGGCGCCCAGCGAUGCAGACGACAAAUUACCUGACUUUAAGGUGAAACCUGACAGAACAGGACAGACUAAGGUCGGUGACCUGUCACCUCAGGACAUGAAGAAGGUGCGGCGACUGUCUCUGAUCGAGGUCACUGCCCUGUUUGACACUGCUGGGAUUGACCUCAAGGCACACAAAGCCAUCAAGGUCAAGGUCAAAGAGUCAGGCUUGUUUGGGGUUCCUCUCUCCACAGUAUUGGAACAGGAUCAGAAAAGAUUGGCCGGCACAAAAGUACCUCUUCUACUGCAACGGCUUAUUGCCCAUGUAGAGGAGGAGGGUUUGGAUACAGAGGGAAUCCUACGAAUCCCUGGAGCAGCCACAAGAGUCAAGACCCUGGCACAGGAACUGGAAGUGAAGUUCUAUGAGGGUUGGUUUCCUUGGGAGAGUCUGAAACAGCAUGAUGCUGCCAGUCUGCUUAAACUCUUCAUCAGAGAACUUCCCUAUCCUCUCCUCACUGUGGAAUACUUCAAUGCCUUUAUCUCAGUGCUCAAGUUACCCACUAAAAAACAGCAACUUCAAGCUCUGAACCUGCUAGUUCUUUUACUUCCUGAAUCCAGUAGAGACACUCUGAAGGCCCUGCUGGAGUUCUUCCAGAGAGUCAUUGACCACAAAGAACACAACAAGAUGACUCUCAACAACGUCGCCGUGGUGAUGGCCCCAAACCUCUUCAUGUUCAAGGGUUUCCGCGACAAGAUCAGCGAAAAACAAGAGUUCGCCAUCGCAACACGUACCGCCAACAUUAUCCGUUUCCUAAUCAGAUACCAGAACCUUCUCUGGACGAUUCCCAAAUUCAUCCUGAACCAGGUGAGAAAACAGAAUGCAGAAAAUCAGAAGAAAAUGAACAGAGAAAGAGCGAUGAAGAAACUUCUGAAGAAAAUGGCCUACGACCGUGAAAAAGCUGAUAGACAGGAGAGACACACCAGUGAGCCCGAUGCUAGUCAGUCCUUUAUAAGAGUACAGGCCCCUCAAUUCUGUAAAGUGUCUAUGGCUGUUCAGCUGACAGAGGAACUACAGGCUUCAGAUGUCCUGUCACGCUUUCUCAGUCAGAACCACUCUGUGUCUGUGAAGAGAGAGGACCUGUGUCUGUAUGAGACUGGAGGGAAUAUCCAGGAACGCUGUUUGGAUGAGAAAACCUACAUGAAGGCCCUUCUGGAACUCAACCCCAGUGCAGAGUGGGUAAUAAAAUCAGCCCAGCGCUAGCAUGGACCACUCCCCCAACACUUCCAGCCAAUCACACGUCUUAUAAGAGAAGGACAUGAGAAAAUGGAGGGAAAAUGCAGCUUUACUUUAUAACCCCCGACCAAAAAAGGAGCCUAAGUGAAG